AUGAGAGCUUCAGCAAUUUCGGCUGUUUUGUUGGUUUUUGCCAUCGUGCAGACGCAAGCAUUCUUCACUCUCUUAGACAGUGAACUUCUUCUCGAUCGAGAACGCCGUCCCAGCGAUGUGGGCGAAAGGGAGGCCGAGGAACCGGUAGAGUCCGAGGCUGCAGCGGAGCACCAUGAGAGCGGCGAGGCGAUGAGACCCGCUGAGGUGACCCAGCGCGACGUGACGCUGUUGAGACGCGACAUUCUCAUCUCCCUCGAGCGUCUUCGUCGUACGAUCGAACGCCUGGGGCAUCUGGGGGCUUACUGGCCCACCAGCCUGCGUUACCCAGGUCAAACGAGUGGCCAUCAUCCACACCACCCAAGCAGCAAACAGUAA